AUGAGUGAUGAUCACGAUGAUUGUCAGCCGGACGUAGAUCCAGUCAUCGUACAGCGUGAGCACAUGCGUCGCAUUUCAGAGAAUGAGCUAAUUGCAUUGUUGGUCCUGCUAACAUCCCGACGCCGGAAACCAUCUGCACUUCGCGAACGCUUGUUCUUGCGGCGACGUACAAUACUCGUGGUAUCAGCCACAGGACCAAGACGGCGGGGAGGACUGGGUGGUGGUGUGAGCAAUCGACUUGAUGGACUACUGAUCGAGAGAUCAACAGACGGACUAAGUGGGAGAACAACGAGAGCCGUUGACGAGGGCGCCGGGGUUGCUGUAGUUCUGGUCACAAUGGCACGCUUGAGUGAGGAGUCUAAGUGCCGAAUAGCCUGCGACGUUGGCUGA